AUGAUUAGGAAGAUAACCUAUAGCCUGGGAAGACAUGUGUCUGCCGUGGCAUGUGGGACCACCCAGGUGAGAAGACUUCUGCAUGGUGCUUAUGUCAGGAUUCAGCCCUCCGUACAAGAAGCCCUGAUGGAAGGGAGACCAGUCGUAGCCUUGGAAAGCACCAUCAUUACACAUGGCAUGGGCUACCCUCAGAAUCUGAGCAUGGCCAGAGAGGUGGAAGAAAUUGUAACAACAAAUGGAGCAGUGCCAGCCACUGUAGGUAUUUUAAGGGGUCGAAUCCACGUGGGACUCACAGAUGAGGAACUUGAGUUCUUGGCAAGCAAUAAAAAUGUAGUUAAAGUGUCUCGGAGAGAUCUUCCUUUCGUCCUCAGCCAGGGCUUGUCGGGUGGUACUACCGUGUCCGGAACAAUGAUUGCUGCACACAAAGCAGGUAUCCCCGUGUUCGUGACGGGCGGCAUAGGAGGCGUCCAUCGGGGAGGAGAGAACACUCUGGACGUGAGCGCUGACCUGACAGAGCUAGGACGAACUCCAGUUGCUGUUGUAUCUGCAGGAGUCAAGUCUAUCCUUGACAUUGCAACGGGCUGCUGAACCUGAAAGCAGGUAAUGUUGUACUUUGAGACUCAGGGAGUCUGCGUGGCUGCCUUUGGAGAGUCAAGGGAGUUCCCAGCCUUCUUCUCGCGCCAGAGUGGCUUCCAGGCACCGUAUCACGUCCGGGAUGAAGAGGAGACAGCUGAACUCAUUGCCAGUGCUCUGGGGCUAGGCCUGAGCAGCGGGGUGCUGAUAGCAGUCCCUUGUCCCCAGGAGCGAGCUGCCUCAGGCCAGGUCAUCGAAGAGGCCAUCCAGCAAGCUCUCGGCGAAGCCAGGUCCAAAGGGAUCACAGGCAAAGAACUGACUCCUUUUAUGUUACAGAAGAUCAGUGAAUUAACUGAUGGAAAAUCGCUGGACUCCAACCUUGCUCUGAUCCACAACAAUGCCAGAGUGGGCAGCCGCAUUGCAGUAGCCCUGAGCAAACUACAGAAAGCCAGAAGGAAGGGGAACCUGCCUCAUCGAGAGGACACAACCCCACCUCAGCCAGUGGUGAUUGGAGGUAUCAACGUUGACUUUAUAGCCAAGGCGCUGAACCCUGUUAUCCUGGGCAGUGGGCAAACAAAUGCCGGAAGAGUGAGACGAACCUUUGGUGGCGUUGGAAGAAACUUGGCAGACUGCUUAAGCCGCCUUGGACAAACUCCUCUCUUUUUAUCAGCCGUGGGGAAGGAUGAACAUUCAGAAUCUGUCCUGCACUACUGUCACCACAUGGACAUGAGCGCCGUCCUGCAGCUGGAGGGGAAGAGCACAGCCACUUACUGUGCUGUCAUCACUGGUGCCGGGGAGCUCAGCGUCGGCUUGGGAGACAUGGACAUCCACCGCCAGAUAACAGAGCAAUACGUGUCCCAGUUCAAGGAGAACCUGUGCCAGGCCCCGCUAAUUUGCAUCGACGGAAAUGUGCCUCUUCCCACUAUCCAGUACGUCUGCCAACUAGCCAGAGAGUGGCAGCUCGCAGUGUGCUAUGAGCCAACAGAUGAGAACAAGGCCUCUAAGCCGUUCCUCUCAGACAGCUGGAAAGCCCUCACAUACAUUUCCCCCAACCUGCAAGAGCUCAGAGCAAUAAAUCGGACCCUCGGGAACCCUCUGCCAGCAGAGCUGCCGUCCAGGUUGGAGGACGUUGUCCAGACUGCCAUGGCCCUGGCCCGCCCUUUGCUGGCCCACCUGCACUGUGUGGUGGUCACCCUUGGCGCUCACGGCAUCCUCCUGUGCGGCAAGAGCCUGGGAGGGAGCGUCUCGCUUCAUCCAGGAGCCCGCGAACAGGUAAGGACUGCCAGCCUCUGUGCCACCCACUACCCCGCCAUCCACAGCAGCAGGGAGGAGAUAGUCAACGUCUCAGGAGCCGGCGACAGCUUAAUAGCGGGGCUCCUGGCAGGCACGCUCGCUAAACAUGACACAGACACCUGUGUCCGGAUGGGUCUGCUUGCUGCGAGCCUGUCUCUCCGUUCCUACGAGCCCGUUUCCCCAGAAAUCAGCACUUCCAGCGUCAGCCAGGAGCAAGUCAAGAGCAGGAGCUGGCCCAAGGUGAAGGUAUGGAAGAUGGACUAG